CUUGUACGCUUGCUUGAUCUCCGACGACGUGCCUUUCUCAGAUACCCCCAACAACUCGUACAAAUUCUUCUCAUUCUUUACCCCGUACAGACAACGAAUGGCCGCCGCUCUUGUUCUUCCUCUGCGUAACGACCCAGUUGAAGGUGCCCCACAAAAUUAGGCAUUUCUGGUGAAGAGCUUGCAGCAAUAGUUUAGCCACCAAAGAAAAUCUGCCCAAGAGAAGGCAUGGACAAUCUCAGAUGUGUCCCAUUUGUAACCAAUUUGACGAGACUGUUGAACAUAUGCUCUUUGAUUGUCAUUGGGCCUGUGCGGUUUGGUUUGGGAGUAAUGUUUAGUUGAAUAUGGGGUAGGGACACCCGACGUCGAUGAUCAGAUGGACUUCCCAAGUAGUUGAUCAGUUAAAGAAGGAGGAUGCGAUGAAUUUUUUGGAACGGGUAGUCUAUAUUGCAUGGUUCAUUUGGAAGGCGCGAAAUGAGGUAGUUUUCAAUUUGGGUAUGCCUAAUCCAGAGUGGACUAUGAGGAGAGCCCUUGAGGCUUUCCGUGAAUUUUCAGAUGUAGUGGUGCUUUCCCGUUUCCACAUGGAUAACCCAAAUAUUGAGGACUUUAUUUCCCAAUGGAGGGCUCUGGAAAAUGGGUGUUUUAAGCUAAAUUGUGAUGUAGUAGUGGGAAAGAAUGGAAAGGAGGCAAGUGCAGCAGUUGUAAUCAGGGACAGCAAAGGCAUCCUUGUGAAUGGUUCAACUGGUUUGAUUAAGGUUUCGUCGCCCCUUCAAAGGGAGUUGGUGGCUAUUCGCCAAACGUGCGGCAUGAUUUCAGAUUUGGGAUAUCAAAAUGCGCUAGUCGAGUCGGACUCUUAGGUAGCCAUCAAGUUGAGUGUAUCCGAAUUGGUCCCUCCUUGGGAAGUCUCUACAAUGGUUUGGGACAUCAGGAGGAUGAGAGAAAACUUGAACAUCAAAUUUGGAUGUGUAAAGAGGACGGCUAACAGGCUCGCUCAUGUGGUGGCUAAGAAGGCUUUGAAGGGUCUGCUUCCUAGAGAUUGGGUGGUGAUCCCCCCAAAUUUUGUUUCUUCUGUUCUAGCUAGAGAUUCUCUCUUUUCGUGUAAGCCCUGUAGGCGUUUCUGAUUAUAAAAAAAAAAAAAUCCGUAAUGAUAUCUUUGAAGUGAACAUUUCGGUCAAA